AUGCGCCUGCUGUGCCCGACAAACUCGAUCCGCGAGAGGCAACGCCGCGCGGGGCUCACGCCGGUGAACCACCACCGACACAACCGCCUCGCGCUGAAGGAGCAGUCCGCGAAGAACGCGGCGAGGAAGGCGGAGCAGCUUAAGGAGGAGGCGACCGCGAAGAAGAACGCGUUCCGGCCGAACAGCUCGCGGGGAUCUGUUCGGCCGGCGUCGGCGCGGCCGGGAACCGCGGCGUCCUCCUCCGCCUCCGCCGUCGAUCAGUACGGCGUCGAUUACGUCUCCAUGAACAAGACCGCGGUCGUGAGCGCGGCGGCGCAGCGAGGCGCGGCGCUGAGGAAGAAGCUCGAGGAGCGAGAUGCGCUGAAGAACAUGACGUGGACAGAGAAGAAGCGGUACCACGUCGGCGAGGUGCCCGGGUAUCUCCUCGCGAGAAAGGCGGAGCUCGCGGAGGCGGCGCGCGUGAAACGCGAGAUGGAGGAGCGGUCGCACAUCCCGGUCGGCAUGAGGGUGCUGCCGGAGGAGGAGCGCGUGAAGACGCUUGAGAUUUUGCGCGAGAACCGCGAGGACACGUACGAAAAACUGCGAAGCUUGCCGUUCAAGUGCGAGACGCCGUCGUCCAAGCGAACCAAGGCGGCGCUCGAGUUUCGACUCGCGGAGAUCGAAGACGCGCAGAAGGUCUUCUCCAGGAACCGCGUUUUGGUGCGCGAGGUGCCGGAGGAGGACGAAGAAGAAGAUGCGGGCAGCGCGUCGGAUUGA